AUUGUGCACAGUAGAGCAAACCCUCUGUUUUGGGUUCAGUCUAGCAGAAAACUUUUCGUGUAGUCAUUAAAUGUUUAGUUUCUGCACAAUUUCAAGUGUGUGAUUUUACUUUAUCAAAAUUUCCUUUCAUUUAUGAAAGCAGUACAUUUUUGCAAAAUUAUUAGGCGAGCUGAUUUGAUGACCUAUAACAAGAAGUGUUCCUGGCCUUUGAAGAGUGAUCCAUUCCCAGGAGGACGAGUUGCCAAUCUGGGUUGGACAUCAACCCGAAAUGUGGUCAAGUGGGAUGGAUGGUGUGCUCCUAGAUCUACGUCAGAAACGUGGUAGUGCUGACAUUGAAGAUGAAACUCGUGACUGUGAUGAUCCUCAGGACAGUGCCCACGACAAUUGUCCUACCGCACUACAUUCCACUGGCCUUGAGAAUGGAAGCAGUCAAAGAUUGCCCUUGAACUGUCCUGACUGUGGGAAAUCCUUUUCUCAUAGUAGCUCUUUGAAAAGACAUUCAAGAACUCACACAGGUGUCCGCCCUUUUAUUUGUAGUAUUUGCAACAAAGGCUUCCAUUACAAAAAUAACUUGCAGGAUCAUGCAAGAACGCAUACUGGAGAAAAACCCUUUAAAUGUCCUGACUGUGGUCAAAGUUUUGCCCAGAGUAGCACCCUGAAUCGUCACAUUGGUACACAUGGCAAGGACAAAACUUGUUUAGUAUGUGGAAAAGCAUUUGUAAAAUUAGGCCUCCUUCAAAAGCAUUAUAGUUCACAUUUUCAGAAGGGGGAUUUCAAACUUCCAUUGGUUGAAGGUAUCUCAUCUGAACAAAAGAAAGAGUUAUCCAACCUGAGGUACAACGAUUCAGCUUUGAAGAGCUUACAAAAUUUAUCUUGUGUGAAAUGUGGCACGAAGUUUGAUCGAGCUGCUGAUUUGCAACAACAUUUCUGGACUCAUGUUGGUGAAGGCCAAGCCCUGCUCUAUGAGUUGGCAACUAUUAGCGGAUUGUUAAAUAUGUUAGAACUCAUCAAAAAAGGAAAUUUUCAAAUGGCACAUGACUUACAGGCCCCAUCCAAGUAAUAACAUCUGUUGUACAUUGUGAUAGUUGCUUUCACAACUGCUGUAUCAAAUUGUGGUUCCUACUUAAUAUUUUAAUCCGUCCAAAAUUAUCCACUGAUGUAUGUAUUGGUGUAAAUGCAUCACUCAAUAUUUUCCAGGUAAUUUGCCUGCUGCUUACAGUCUGCUGAUACAAAAAUGUGUUGAGGUUUAGGUAUCUAUGCUCGCUGUGUUGUGAUUAUAAACCCAGACCGCCUUUCAAGUAUUUAUUCUGAAUGUAAGAACUUUCAAACAGUUUUUUGUAGACAAAAGAUAUGAAGCAGCUGUUGCUGUUCUUAUUGCUUUUGUCUGUGGAAAACAACAGUACACUUAGUUUUUGUAUCUAAUGAUCUGUUUGUACUGAGAUAGUAGCCUAGCCAUAUUGCUCAGAAGACAGCUAUUGUACAUGUUUAAAAUUCAUUUCAAAACUGGAUGUUCCAAUUGAAAAGAAGAACUACUUACUAGUCAAGUAAUUUGUAGAACAUUAUAUUUUAGGAUUGGCUUCAUCCUUUCCAUUUAAACAAGUGCUUACUUGUUUAUUAGUCAAGUGUUAUUCUAUCUAGAAAAUUAUAUACUAUAAGUUGAUUUGUGCGUGAGUUUAACUCAAGCACGUUAUUGUUGAACAUGAAGCCAUAUUUUUUUAGUUUCCUGUUGUAAAAUUUAACUUUUUUUAUUUUAACCAGAGUUAUUUUGUUAAGAUGUUCAAACCAAAGUGUAUUAUCUUCUUUGUUUCCAACUUGUUAUAAUAUUGUUCAUUGAUUGAAAAUAUGUGUGUACUAUAUUUGAAGUUUGUCAGACCCACACACAUCUUCAAACUACUGUCAAAUAAAGGUUUGUUGAAAAUGUGUCCUUUUCUUUUUAAAGCAUGUCUUGAUAAAGUGUCACUUGUGAUUGUAAUGCAAAUGUUUAGAGGAUCUUCCAUAAUUCACCAAUGGGAAAAGAAGUCAAAGCAACAUUGUGAAAGGUAAUUUUAAUUCUUCCCAUUUUCUGUGCUGUUUAUUGUGUAAGUUGCUCAGGGACAGUUGUGAUUCUUGUCAAAAGUACUCAAUAUGAAUGUAGAUCAAAAUUGCCGUAUAAUGUGCUGUCAUACUAUUUUUACUGAAAUCAAAUGUAAUAGAUUAUUUUCUUUUAUGAGUGGUUCAUGCUGUAUUAACAUCCAACCAAACAAGGCUUUUAAAUCUCCAUCACCACUUUAUGAGGCAUUACUUGCCAUCUAAUUGUACCACUAUACUAGUAUUGUUUAUAUAUUUUGUCAGUUAACAGUUAGACAACAAAAGUAACAUUGUCCCUGUCAUUUUUGCUGAUUGUUCUUAAUUCUAGAACUUAUCUACCUCAAUUCAAAUUUACAUUUAAAAUUGCACUUUAAGUCCUCUCUAAGUACCACUUGAGAUAAGAUUGUUAUUAAAUUUUAUGUCUAGAAGCUUUCAAAAGAUCAGUACCAGAUGUGCAAUAACUGCUGUUAGUUGUGACAUAGUCACAAAAUGGAAAGGACUGAUGCAUUUAGAUGCAAAUGUGGGGUUCAUAUGACAAGGAGUCUGGUAACACUAUGUCUAUUUUAUAAUGCAAACGUUUGUACUGUAUUUGUUCAAAGAAGUGAUUAAAAGAUGUACAAUAAAUCAAUUUGUCACUUUAAGAGAA